AUGAGCGCCACCUCGCCGAAGAGGAAACGAGGUCAUACUUUGCCUCUCGACACAAAGGUCCUGACACCUCGAUUGCUUGGAGACAGCGAUCUAGAGGACCAUGCCGAGAGUCCAAGAACAAAAUUCGCUAGACAGUUUGACGACUUGGAAAUUCAUGGCAAACAAGAGAAGCAAAGUCAAGAUGCUAUUAACAUCUCGGCUCAUGGGAUUGACGCCAUAUCGAAACAUCCACAUGAAGGAACUGUGAAGUUAGGCCCUCUCGCAUCGCACUCAAGUGGGCGAGGACCAACAAGUCUAUCAAUGGCCACAUCUGACUGUGAGCCCUCACCAUCAAUGUCGCCAGGAAUCUCGCCUCGCUCAAAGUCCCCUCCACUUAGCAGCGGGCUAUCAGACGAGUUUUGGCAUGACUCCGAGAUAACUGGCCAUGAUCCUAAUGAUCCCGACGACGAUGGCUAUGGCAUCAACGGGAUCGGCUUCAAACCUACAGCGGCCAUUGCUUGGACGAGGUCACAGCAACGGAAACGACAACUCACCGAGUGGAAAAAUCGAGAGGCUCGAGAAGCAAGACAGCAAAGGAGUGAGAGGAGAAAGCGUCUUUUCGACGACGGCGAGGCAGCACCAUCCAUGGAGUCUUCCCCUCGGAAGGCCGUUCGCGUCCACUUCGAAGAUGGUUAA